AUGUCGUUUGUCAGCGGAACGACCGACACCGAGGCGGCACAAAAGUUUCUCGAUGUGCUGCAGAAUGAUUUCCGUAAUCUAUCGCUCGAGACGAAGAAGAAGUAUCCACAGAUCAAAGAGUCCUGCGAGGAAGCGAUCCUGAAGCUGAAAGCGGCCGGCGCAAACCCACAAACACCGGUGUACUACGUGGUCAACCAGAUCCUGUACCCGCUGGUGCAGGGCUGCGAGUCGAAGGACGUGAAGAUAAUCAAGUUCUGUCUCGGGAUGAUGCAGCGGCUCAUCACGCAGCAGGUGGUGGACCAGAAGGGUGCCCGCUACAUCACCGACGCCCUGUGGAUGCUGAUGGAGAACGGCAACGAGGAGGUGAAGGUGCUGCAGAGCGUCACGCUUCUGCUCACCACCAACACGGUCGUGCACGGGGAAACGCUUGCGAAGACGCUCGUCCUGUGCUUCCGGUUGCACUUCACGAAGGACUCGACGACGAUCAACACGGCCGGGGCGACGGUGCGCCAGCUCGUGUCGCUUGUGUUUGAGCGUGUGGUCGCUGAGGAAGCGGAAGCGGACGCGAAUCAGGACGAACGGCGCGAGGUUAAUCUGGAGGAGCUGAAGCUAGCGACGGGUGUGGCACCGAAGGGGUUGCUCCCGUGUGCGGCUGAUGCGUUUCUGCUGUUUCAGGACCUCGUGCAGCUGGUGAAUGCCGAUCAACCGUACUGGCUGCUCGGGAUGACGGAGAUGACGCGCACGUUUGGGCUGGAACUGCUCGAAUCCGUGCUCACGCAGUACACGUCCGUGUUCUACCGGAAUCCGGAGUUUAGCUUCCUGCUGAAGGAGCGCGUUUGCGCGCUCGUCAUUAAGCUGUUCUCGCCCAACAUCAAGUACCGGACGGUGGCACCACAGGCCGGUGUAGGCGGGGCAGGAGUGCAGCCGGGUGGUGGAGCACCGCACGAUAAACCGUACUUCCCGAUCAGCAUGCGGCUGCUGCGUGUUGUGUCGAUACUGAUCCAGAAAUACCACGGUCUGCUGGUGACGGAGUGUGAGAUCUUCCUGUCACUGAUCGUGAAGUUCCUGGAUCCGGAUAAACCCGCUUGGCAGCGAUCGCUGGCACUGGAGGUGCUACACAAGAUGACCAUCCAACCGGAGCUGCUGACGUCGUUCUGUCGGUGUUACGAUCUGAAGGAUCACGCGACCAACAUCUUCCAGGACAUCAUCAACUCGCUCGGCACGUACGUGCAGAGUUUGUUCGUCAAUCCGCAGCUGCUCAGUGCCUCCCUGGGUGCCGGAGGUGGUGGUGCCAAUGGUGGUGGUUCAAGUGGUGCCGGAGGAGGAGGCGGAGCAGGAGGAGGAGGUGUUGGUGGAGGUGGCGGUGUAGGAGGAUCCUCCGGACAGCAGUCACAGCUCAUGGGCAGUAUGGCGGUUGGGCCGGGAAUAUCACCCCAACCCGGGUUCAUCUUUCGCGGUGUGUUUCUUCCGCUCGUGGUGACAUUCCCGAGUGGUCAAUCGAAGUCGACGUUCCUUGAGAUGCUGGACAAGAUGGAACCCCCACCGAUCCCGGAUGGGUAUGGGAUAUCGGUGGCAUACGCCUGCCUGCUGGAGAUCGAACGCUCAAUAUCCCUCGCGAUCGAGGGCCCAUCGCAGCUGGGUGAGGAAGCACCGGUUCCGUACGUGCAGCGUGUCGGCGAAGCAGACCGAGCACUCCACAUUCAGCUGAUCCACUCGAGCUGGCUGGGAUUGCUGACGGCGCUGGGUCCACUGAUCGAUGCCGCGACCGACGAGUCCUCGACGGAGAGCGUCCUGAAGGCGAUCCGGUUGUACGCGGCCUUGUGCGGGUUGCUGGAACUGCACACGCCUCGGGACGCCUUCAUUACGGCCCUUUGCCGUGCCUCGUUGCCUCCGCAUUACGCUCUGUCGGUGUUGAACGUGAACUACCAGGGGGGUGGUGCGUUCAAAACCCACAUGCGCCUGGGCAGCCAGGAUCUAACGGCGGCGGUGGCAGCGGGCAUGGGUUUCCACGGGGGCGCGUACGCGGACAUCGAUCAGCAGCAGCAGCAGCGGCACCCGGUGGUGGCCGUUGGCACGCCGCUCCCAACGUCCUCACUUCCCGUCGGCGCCCACCAGGGGCCGGUUCUGUUGACGGCCAAAAACCUGCAGUGCAUGCGCUCGGUGCUGCAUUUGGCGCAUUGCCACGGAAGUCUGCUCGGGAGUUCGUGGCACAUCGUGCUCACCACGUUGCAGCAUUUGGCGUGGAUCCUUGGGCUGAAACCGUCGACCGGGGGAAGCCUGCAGGCCGUUCAGAAACCCCCGACAGAUGCGAAUUCCAUCACGCAGGUCAUGACGGACCUGCCGGUGCUGUCGACCAUGCUCAGUCAGCUGUUUGAGUCCAGCCAGUACCUCGACGAUGUGGCUUUGCACCAUCUCAUCGACGCGCUGUGCAAGUUAUCACACGAGGCGAUGGAGCUUGCGUACAAUAACCGCGAACCGUCGCUGUUUGCUGUGGCGAAACUGCUCGAAACCGGUCUCGUUAAUCUCGCCCGCAUUGAGGUCCUGUGGCGACCGCUUACGAACCAUUUGCUGGAGAUUUGCCAACAUCCGCACAUUCGCAUGCGUGAGUGGGGUGUUGAGGCGAUCACGUACCUCGUAAAGGCCGCCCUUCAGUACAAGUACGAGCGCCCGUUGAAGGAAAACUUGAAGCUACAAACGUUGCUGUUAGGGCCACUGUCGGAAUUGUCCUCCGUCCCACACGGGGAUGUCCGGCAGCGUCAGCUGGAUUGUGUGCUGCUCGUCCUGAACGGUGCAGGCGAGACGCUGUCACACGGAUGGCCGCUGGUGCUCGGAAUCAUUGGAGCCGUCAGUGACCAUCACGGGGAGUCGCUGAUACGCAUCGCGUUCCAGUGUUUGCAGCUCGUCGUGACCGAUUUCCUGCCCGUCAUGCCCUGGCGCUGUCUGCCGUUGUGCGUUAACACGGCGGCCAAAUUUGGCUCGCAAACGCAAGAACUCAACAUCUCGCUGACGGCCGUUGGACUUAUGUGGAACAUCUCGGACUAUUUCAACCAAAACCAGGAGAAGCUGUCCCAAACCGUGUGCGACGAUAUGUCGGUGUUGCCGGAUUUUCCCGGUACGCUAAACAUGCCCCAUUUCGACCGGCUUUGGAUGUGUCUGUACGCUCGGUUGGGCGACCUGUGUGUCGAUCCGCGACCGGCCGUAAGGAAAUCGGCCGGUCAGACACUUUUUUCGACGAUUUCCGCCCAUGGGGCGCUGCUGAAUCCACCCACCUGGCAGGCCGUCCUGUGGCAAGUGCUGUUCCCGUUGCUUGACAAGGUUCGAGCCCUAUCGAGCUGUGCCAGCAGCGAAAAAGUGGACACAAGCGGUAACAUUCUGAUUCACCAUUCGCGCAACACGGCCCAAAAGCAGUGGGCCGAAACGCAAGUCCUCACACUCUCCGGUGUUUCGCGGGUGUUCAACACGAAACGUGCCCUGCUGCAGAUGCUGGGUGAUUUUCCCCGAGCUUGGGCGCUGCUGCUGGAGUUUAUCGAAAAUUCGGCCCUCAGCAAAAGCAACGAGGUGUCACUGGCGGCGCUGAAAUCAUUCCAGGAAAUUCUUUACAACCGCCCGACCGCAUCUACCGGUACUGGGGCUGGUGCAGGAUCCGCUGCUGGAUCUGCCGGAAACGACGAGCCAAAUACGGCCCGACCGUCGGCUGUGGCCGCUGAAGCCGACAUCUGGAACGUUGCGUGGCGCGUCUGGUUGAACAUUGGUGCUGAGAGCACGAAACCACCGUCGGUGGGGGAGAUUUCCGAUAAGGCUACCGGUGGUUCCGGCAGCAACGACGAUCUGUACAUCCCUAGCCAGGCCUUUUUGACGGCACUCGUGCACAUUUUCCCGGCCCUGUUUCAACACAUUCGGGCGCGGUUCAACAGCAAGGACCUGACGCAGCUUUGUGCCGUGCUGAUGAACGCGGUGGCCGUUCCGGUGCACAGCGACUCGACGCCUUACAUUAUGUCCACGAUCUCGGAUUCGUUGCUGACGCCGUUGCACGAUGGUGUGCUUGAUUGCAUGGAACUGUUGCAGAAAGAGGCCAUCCAUGGUGGUGGUGCGGCGGGCAACGGGCUCAAAAACAUGAUAUCGGCAAUUUUUAAGCAAUUGUUAAGUUUCAGUAAAUUCGCCUGCGCUCCGCCGAGUUUCGAUCGCAUUGAAACAAGACCACUUAAGUCGUCCCGAAGCGGGAGCGGAUCGGGCACGAAUGCCGGCGGUGGUCUGAUCCAUCCCGUAUCGUCCACAUCCAACGCGAACGGUGUCGAGUGGGUUAGCAUGAACUACAUUCCCUUCGGCGAGAAAGCCCUAACCGUGGCGGUGAAGCUGUACCAGCAGACGGCCAACGAUGCGGCGGUUGUUGAUGGCCAGAUACUGCACGAAAUUAUCAAAGCGCUGCAUCUUCCGCUGUCGCUGAAGUACAAGUGUAUGUCUUCGAGCACCUGGAAGCUGGCUAUCUCCAGUCUUAUCAGCGUGCUUCAUACUGGGCUUCCGGUGGCACGGAAACACCCGAAACAGUUCGCUUCGAUGUGGAAGGAUUUGGCCGACACGUUGGAUCAGUUUUUGUUCACGAAAAGUGUUUGCAUCGUGGAAGAUCGCGGUUUAGAUGAACUGAUUCUGGACGAAACGAUCGACUGUCAGGUGAUCGAGUUGAUACGUGACGAAAUUCUCCCGUUCAGCCAAGAAAUUCCACAACAGUUCAUACUGGACGCGGUGGUGAUCUUGAACAAAGGCUCCAUUCAUUCGGCCACCACCGGAAGCACACCAUUCGCCGGAUGCGAGACGGAGUUGAAAUUGCGCGAAGAGUUCGCUAAGACGUGCUUCGAGACGUUGCUGCAGUUUUCGCUGCUAGACGAUCGCGUAGGAUCGGCUGCGGCUAGUGCGGUUGACGAAAAGGAAAUCAACCUGGCGAACAACAACUCCACCCUAACCGACGGCCAGGGUAACAAGACGAGCGAAGGAGGCAUCGCGGGACAGCUAGCAAUAACGGCGCUUCUGCACCGAUUCGAGGAAGUACUGAGAAAGUUCAACGAAGACGAGAGAUUGAGUGGAAAGUUCCCGCUGCCAAGGUAUCGAUUAUCGGAGAUUUCGUUCGUUCUAAAAGCCGUCGCCACCCUUGUGAUAUCAAUGAAGAAAGCUCCUCCAGCCAAAGUGGGUACCACCGCCUGGGAGCAGUUGAUUAGUCUCUACCCCUACCUGGUAGACUGCACGACGACUAGUUCGGCGGAAGUGUCCCGAUCUCUUCGCGAGGCACUGCUUCAGUACUGUGAUCUACUGCGGCCCCCAUCCACGGCAUCUGGUACGGAUGCAAACGGUCACUCGCGAUCCGUAGCGUCCAACAGCAUCGCUGUUGGUUCCAACAAUAAUGAGAUCGCAAACACGAACGGUAUCAGCCACUGUUAGCUGCUGUCCUACACCUCGUCCAGUUUCUUCUUCCUCAUGUGGUAUGAUUCCGGUUUACUGAUGAAGCUACUGGUCUAGGUUUCGGGUUUACUACAGCGUGGCUGAGCAAAUGGCACCUGCUUUAUCGAGACUGUUGCCGCCAUUUGCAAACCAAAGGAGAAAGGAAAGCGGUUUAUACGCGCGACGGCACGAAAACAAUGCAGAUUGUAGAGUAGACUUACGUUUUAUCGAGAGAGAGAGAGAGAGAGAGAGAGAGAGAGAGAGAAAGAGAGCAAAAGCUACAAACAAACGUGUUUCAAGGAAGCAAAAGAGGAAGGACAAAAAUUAAUGUGAAGCAAAACGUAUAUUAUAGCAACACACUUAUUGGACAGAAAACUAUUUUUGUUAGUAAGGGCGUAAUAUAGGGCUGGUUAUGCGACCUCUACGGAUUUUCUUGUCAUCUAUCGGAUGCAACGAGACAAAACUAUCAACGGUUCCAGCAGUGAUGAUGAUAUCGGCGCAUCUUAUUUAUAACAUGUUUAACCAAACCGGAUCGUAAUAAUUUUACUGGUAGUGGAGUAGUAGAAAAGUACACUAUAAAUGAGAAGCCAAGGGGUAUUCGUUAGUAAAAUUUAUUCACAUUACAUUCGACGCAUCUCGUUCGAAACCAUCCUUUCCCCGUUGAACGCAACAUUAGCAUAUGCGCGCUGCGAAGCAUUUUUCCUUGACUUUCAUAUCAAUACGGUACACACACACACACGCAUGCAUGCAUUCACAAAAAGAUACACCCUUUAGUAGCGUAGCCAAAGUUCUCGUAGCGUUCCUGUUCGAUUCAUUCACUCGUACUUUUUGCGAUAUUCCCAUUCUUUCCUGUAGGAACUAAUGUUCCGCUCACGUUUCAAAAUAUCAUCCAAAAACCUUACGCAACCGUAGCCACUUUCGCCUGCAGUUAUUUCCAACGUUUCGUGUUUCAGCUAGCAAAAUUAUAAGCAACCGAGUGCCAAGUUGCUGAACCUCUCGCUACGAAACACAAAUCCUGAUCGCCAAGGAGACACCACCUCUGUGUGCAUGCAUUGCUUGUUCCGCGGGUCUCGAUUCCUUUUUCCGUUGCAUUUAAUGGUUUGAAUUGCAGCAUCAGCGUGGAUUACAUUCGUUGUCUAGUUUCGAAAGAAAAUCUGCGCCACCCAAUACUGUGUGCGAGUAGCCAGAUUUUAAACGGCCGUAAUGCAGAUGUGAGCUGUGAACGGCGGCACAUACGGACACAACCGGUUUAUGAAAAAUGAUUCCUAUCUUUCCGUCAGAAUUUAACUAGUUGUUAAACGAAACAGAUAAAAGCAACGCCCGUGUACUUCGUCUUAUUGAAAGGUUGUGUUGAGAGAAGGAAUAAAAAAGGGUAACAAAUAAAUUACAGUAAGAAUGGAAAGCAAAGUAAUUACCUUACCUUUUGAGUGCAUGCGCUAUACUGCAAUCGAUUGGGCACACUACAUUCGAGAUUUUGUAAUACAUCCACGCACGGUGGCAAGACCCGGAAGUAGCAGUGGCCUCCUGCCUCUUCAUCGCAUGGCUUAUCAUAGCGAUCGACGUAACAUCCGCACACGUACCCACAAACACAUAUGCCAGCAGCUUUGGAGCGACCUUAAACAUACAGGAUUCAAGUGCAAGAGGUAGAUUAGACGGUAAACGUAUAAAACUGCGAAAAACUGGCGAAACGUGUCUAGUGGUGGCACGGCACUUUACUGUUUUAGCGAAAUUUUGAUGCAGGUUGCGCGGAGUCGAGAGUAAAAAAAAAUAACAUCGGCAAACACCUAACGAGUUUUAACGAAUUUACAUUGAAACACAUCUUAGGAUUCCAAAUAAAUAUUUAUUA